UCUCUCCUUCAAUCAGACCGAUUCACACAAUAAUGCAAAAUGCAUGAUCAUCAUUUUGUCGUAAAUGUAUCAUUCUGUGUGCUAUGCAUCCAGGUUCAUUCUUAAAUAUCCAUAUUCCCAGAUAUUGUGUAAUAUCAUGUUGGAACAGAGCACAUGGUUUGUUGACUUUAUGUGAGCAGAAGGACUUUGUCUUGUGGCUUUUGGCAAACACUGAACAUGAUGGUGAACCGCCAGUCAGUGUAUAUAUAUAUAUAUAUAUAUAUAUAUAUAUAUAUAUAUUAUUAUUAUUACUUAAAAAGAACAUUUAACAUACAUGGUACCCAGUGUUGAGUAAAUUACUCCAAAAUAGUAAUUAAUUACUAGUUACUACUUACAUCUUCAACAGUGUAAUUAGAUUACUGUACAAAUUAUCCCAGUAAUAUUCAUGUUAAUAACCAACAAGUUAUUGAGCACUAAAGUGUUAUCAAUAUUCUUAUUAACUCACCAAAGUAUUUAAAGUGAGAAGGGUAUAUAAAAAGCAUGCAUUUUAAGGUUAGACUUUAACUUUUGAUGUUAAAUCCACGAUUGUAUUGUAUUGUAUAUAAAUGUUCUACAGUCUACACACAGUGUUAAGUUCAAUUACAUAAGAAGUAACUGCAUUUAAUAUUAAAUUACAGAAAAAAUAAGAGUAAUCCCUUAUUUUACUUUUUCAAGGGAAAAGUAAUUAAAUUACAGUAACUAAUUAUUUAGUAACUAGUUACACCCAACACUGGUGGUACCUUUAAUGCUCUUUUUAGAUGAAAAACAUUUCUUUAGAAUAUUAAAAUGUUCUUCAGAUUAUGGAAAAAUGGUUAUUUUAAGAACUGAUCACUGAAAGGUUCUUUGUGGAACCAAAGAUGAUUCUUUGAUGGCAUCACUGUGAAAACACCUUUAUUUUUAAGAGUGUUGAGUCAUUAGACUGAUUCAGAUUGUGAGUUUGAGUCUGUUUAUUAAUCUUUUUAACUGAUUCAUUACAAGGAAUCGGUUAGUGAGUCAUUUCAUCAUGAGUUAGACUCCAUUGUUCACUCUGAGUCUUUUUAACUGAUUCAUUACAAGGAAUCGGUUAGUGAGUCAUUUGAUCACGAGUCAGACUCCACUGUUCACUCUGAGUCUUUUUAACUGAUUCAUUACAAAGAAUCAAUUAUAGAUUAAUUUGAUCAUGAGUCAGACUCCACUGUUCACUCUGAGUCUUUUUAACUGAUUCGUUACAAGGAAUCGGUUAGUGAGUCAUUUGAUCACGAGUUAGACUCCACUGUUCACUCUGAGUCUUUGUAACUGAUUCAUUACAAGGAAUCGGUUAGUGAGUCAUUUGAUCAUGAGUCAGACACCAGUGUUCACACUGUAGUCAUUAGACUGAUUCAAAUUGUGAGUUGGAGAUGGUUUGUGAAUCUUUUUGACUGAUCAAUUAUAGGAAUCAAUUAUAAAGCUUCUUUACUGGCAUCAAUCAUUCCACAAAGAACCUUUAACAUUCAUGAAACCUUUAAAUUGGAUAAAAAUCCUUCAGAUGAUUAAAAUAUUCUUCACACUAAGAAAAAAAAAUGGUUCUAUUAAGAACUGAUCACUGAAAGGUUCAUAAAUUACAGAAAGUCCUUCAUCAUUCAGAAGCAAGAAGUGAGUUUUUCCUGCGUGAGACGGAGUUUGCUGAAAGACUCUUGUUUCAGUAACACUAAACCACAGCUUGAAUGUUCUGGUGUAACUGGAAGAGACGGGUCAGGUUAAAUAAAGCGUGACACAACCAUUACAGAGGAGAUGGUAAACCAGCACAGCUCUGUCUUCAGGCGAUGAGCUCGAAUAAAACAGUCUGGUGAAACUAACCAGUCUUCCAGAAAUGCUUAAAUAAGCUUCUAUAAUGCACGUUUUUUAGAAGAUGUUUACAAGCUUGAAGGAUCUCCAGAGGAUCUCAGCAGGCUGAACUGUUUUGCAAGGUGAUUGUCUGGCCGUUCUAGCAGCUUUAUUCUCUUUCUCUGAAACCAGUCGAGAGUUUGCUUGGCUGUGUUUGGGAUCGUUGUCUUGUUUCAUCUUCAUCAUCAUCCUGGUUCGGUAGGUGUUGGGACUGAAGCAGCUAAUAUUAAUUUCCACUGACGAGGAGCAGGAUUGCUGUCUAAUCACUGAUUGUCUUUCCAUGCCUUUUUGAACCUCCCUUUCUUCACGUGUUCAAUACUUUUUCCCAUUUUAUUACACACAACUUCAUUUCUGUUUUGUUUUCUUUGUAUGUAUGGAUUGCUUGGGUCGUUACCGACAUCUGGUGAAAGUUUCAAGUCAACAGCACCUUUAGAAAUAUAUUUACUGAGAAAAAUGAUGAUGUGUGCAAUACUUAUUUUACCCGCUGUAUGGGUCAUGCCACGAAAUCGGUGCCUUUUCCACUUGGAAAAUUUGAAAAAUAAAAUAAGCUUAAUCAAUAUUUUUUUAAAUAUCCAUGAAAUGAAGACACCUUAAAAUGACAAGAAAUUGCACUGUGCCAUCUCAGGCUAUGAUGUAAUUUAUUAUUUUAUGACAAUUUUUCUACCUCAUGUUUUGGUAUUUUUGUCAACCCUGUUACCGACACAAGCGUCACUAGAUACUAUAGUUUAAUUAGAACUCAUACGCCACUGAAUGAUAUAGGAAUUAGCUCAAUAAUAUACCGAGGGUGACCUUUAAAAUGUUUGAAUUUUACACAGACAAUCUUUAAAAACAGGGUCAAACCUAAUCAAUAUCAUCCCUGUUACCCGGAAAAGUAACAGGUUUGAUGAUUUCAAACAAAUUUGUUAAUUGCUAGCUAAUAGUCAAGCUCAAAUAAUGUACACUUUGAAAGGAUUCCACUUGUAGAUAUUGAUUAUAUUAAAUAAAAUAAAAAAUUUUGUUUAAAUUUACGUUUAAAAAAAAUGGUAACAGUAUUGAUACUGCACGAUGUCCCUCCCUCAGUCAGGCCUCAUAAAUCAUCAAAACAGAAGAUUAUAGAAGUGAGAGAGAAACAUGCUUGUGUUUUAAGUGCAGGAAUCCUGGUUGAGGGAUGAUGUAACCUCCUAGAAGUGAUGUCAGGUGAACGUACAUUAUUUUACAAGGGUUUUUUGAUGAGGGUAACAGGGCUGACAUGAAAUCAGGGGACACCAAUAAAAUUAUUUAUAUUUUAUAGAAAAAAAUGCAUACUUGUGCCAAAAACAUUGGUUAACAAUGAGACUAUAUUUAGAAUUUUUAUAUUUAGAUUUUUUAAUCAUUUUGCAAAUUAAAAGUCCUGCUGAAAAAGAAAAAUCAUAGUGAGGGACAUGCCAAAAACCCUUACCAGCAUAAAUGCUAUUUAAAUUAUUUAAAAUAAUAUUCGAUUUUGAUGUAAUAUUGAUGAAAGCAUAACAUAUUUGUUGUUAUAUUAAAUCUAUGUUUGAUUAUUUCUUAGGGACGCAAAAGGCACCGAUUUCGUGGAAUGACCCGUAUGUAUUUGUAUGGAUAUGUCUGUUUCACAGUCAGUAUGCUGAAAACAUCGACGAGGAGGAAGGACACAAGAUGACAAGGACUGAUGCUUUUAUCUCGCUGGACGCUGAGGCUGACGUCUCUACCAGAAGAAGAAAACCCAUCCUCGUCAGAUCCAAAACAUUUGAUCCGUCACUUCUUCUGCAAGUCCAGAGUGACUCCGAAUCAAAGUGUGAACGCAGGAAACCUCAGUCCGCUCAGUCUCUGCGCACUAAUAUCCAGUACCACAAAGUUUUUAAAGACAUAAGUGAAGACGAACAACUGAGACAGAGUUACACAUGCGCCCUGCAGAAGGACAUUCUGUAUCAGGGGAGACUGUUUGUGUCCGAUAACUGGAUCUGUUUCCAUUCCAAAGUGUUCGGAAAAGACACUAAGAUUGUGAUUCCAGUUGCUUCAGUAACAGUCAUCAAGAAAACAAAAACUGCUAUCUUGGUGCCAAACGCGCUGGUUAUUUCUACAGCGCACGAGCGGCAUGUGUUUGUUUCAUUUCUGUCUCGAGACACGACCUACAAGGUUCUGAUGUCUGUUUGCCCUCAUCUGGUUGAGAAGAGUCCUGGGAUCAGUCAAAUCCCGUCUCAGAGCCUGAGAGGACAUCCGGCAUCUCUGCCCACGGAUUUCUCUGCAGAUCUGUCGGAUUUGGACGGUCCGGUCAGACAGACGGGUCAGCACAUGGACGACAGCAGCAGCUCCGACUGUCCGGAGUCACCGGAUUUCAUCAAAACACCGAAAUUCCCAAAACGGUCCCAAGCUUUUACUGAAGUGACUAAAAGAGAUGCUGAACUGGAUUCUCACACACAAGAAACCAGCGCCACUGCAAACUCACCAUACACUGUCUCUUCAGGAUCAGAGGAGUUCAUGAAAACACUGCGGCCGGUGUCUCUGUCUCUGAACGCUCUGGUGAUGAUCUAUCUUUCUCUGGUCUGUGUGCUGCUGGUGUCCUCCUGUUACAUGGCGUUUAAGAUCAUGUCUCUUGAGGAGCGUCUGACAUCUCUCGUGUCAAUGGAGUUUCCCAAUAAAAGAGAUGAAUAUCAAAGUCUAUUUGCUGGAGAUACAGCUGAGAUCUACUCGGUUCUCUCUGCAAGUCUUCUGAAGCUGGAAAAGAUUCACAGAAACCUGCAGAGGCUGCUGGAGAACGUAUCUGAGGUCUGAAUGAAAGUCAUACGUCCCGUUUAAAGCACUUCUCUCGGAGGAAAAGCCACGGGAAUGAAAGCCAUUCCAGUCAAUAUCAUGAUUUCACUGUGUUUUUAGCGACACAUUGAAUUUAAGUACUGUGAAAAAAUCACCAUUAUAAGUAGAACUAGUUCUCAUUUGCUGUUUUAUACAAGCAUCAGAUAUAAGCUGAGCCAGUGUUUUUGACUGAACUGUUUAAAUUAAAUGUAUAAAAUGAAUUAUCUUCGUAUGAACAGACUGUAGUGAUUCCUGCUGAAUCUCAUUAGAUAUGAAUGAAAAACUGUGUAUUGUUGUCAUUGGGAGUGAAUAAAGUUUGCAUAGACUGAA